UCGGUCACGUGACGGUCCAGAACCGUUUACAGUUUUUUUUUUUUCUUUUUUCAAGCUCAGGACCGCAAGAAACGAAGUGAGUAGUUCCUCCAACAUGGCUGACCUCUGGCAGAGUGCCAUGGACCAUGCAGUGGGCGUGGCCAGGAAGGCGGGAGAAAUGGUGCAGGUCGCACUGCAGGACGAGUGCAGCGUGAUGUUAAAGAGCACCUUGGUUGACUUGGUCACAAAGACCGACCAGCAGGUGGAAGGUCUCAUCAUCCAGUCAGUGAAGGCAAAAUUCCCAACACAUCGGUUCAUAGGGGAGGAGUCAGUCGCUGCUGGUGAGGCAUGUGUCCUGACGGACAGUCCCACCUGGAUCAUCGACCCCAUUGAUGGGACCACCAACUUUGUUCACAGGUUUCCUUUUGUGGCUGUUUCCAUCGGCUUUGCUGUCAACAAACAGGUGGAAUUUGGUGUGGUCUAUAGUUGUUUAGAAGAUAAAAUGUUCACGGCCAGGCGAGGGCAAGGGGCGUUCUGUAACGGAGAGCCGCUGCAGGUGUCUCCUCAGGAAGACAUUAAACAGUCUAUGGUGGUGAUGGAGUUUGGAUCAAACCGAGAUCCAGAAAAUGUGGACAAAAUCUUCAACACCAUCAGGAAGAUCCUCCACAUCCCCGUACAUGGGAUUCGCAGUGCAGGAACUGCAGCCAUCAACAUGUGUCUGGUGGCGUCUGGUUGUGCUGAAGUGUAUUACGAGAGCGGGAUCCACGUUUGGGAUGUUGCUGCUGCGUCGCUGAUCGUCACUGAGGCGGGUGGAGUUCUGCUGGAUCUGGACGGAGGCGAUUUUGACAUGAUGUCCAGGACGGUUGUCGCAGCCAACAAACGGAACAUCGCCAACGAGAUCAUCAGAGAGAUCGACGCCUACAGGCCGCAGAGGGACGAUGCGCCGCCAACAGGGCCGAGUCAGAAUGUGUAACACAAGCAAAGUUCAUAAUCUAUCAUUCAAUUUAUAACAGUUUGUAUAUAAAAAAACAAACAAAAACCAUCGGAACAAAGGCAGGAAGAUGGAGGUUAUACCGCGGCCAUGAUGACUGAUGAUCGAUGUCUGACCUCUACAGCGAGGUUUGUCAUUGGUGGAGGGAAUGAAAGCUAUUCAAAUAUGAUUGGACAUAAACUGUAACACUGGAUUCAGAAAAUGUA